GCGUCGCUGUCGCUGAAGCUUUGCGCCACUGUCCAACCGCCGUGCCUCGCCGUCAGUUGCUGCUCAUCCUCAUCGCGACCAAAGGGGAGCGCGAGACCGAGGGAGAGAGAGAAAGCGUGGAGUUGGCGUCGCGCGGAGAGGGACUCGCCGCUCCUUCCCACCGCCGCCGAGCUGCCAUUGUCGACGCGUGUCACCGCGGCUGAGGGUGUCGCCACCACCAAACCCUGGCCGAAGAUUCUUCUGCUGCACGCGAGAGGAAGAGGAGCGAUGAGGCAGAACGCGUCCUCGCCGGAGUUCUUGAGCGCCGCCGUCGCUCAUGCCUCCUCCCGCCGCCAAAUCUGCUCCCACUUCUGGGUUCUGGAAUCUGACCCGGACGCCGCUGCCACCAUCCGAGCUCGCUGCUGCUGAUGAUGGUAAGCCCAAACUGCCGCCGGCAAAAAGGGUUCAGGCCGCCGCGGGUGUCGCUGCCGGAGAAGGGAGCUGCAUCUCUGUGAUUCCGACCGCCAGGAGUGGUUCUGUGACGUUAGGGACCACUGCCGGAGCUGCUGGCUACUCCUGCAGUCGCCGGAAAAGUAUGCGGCUGCAAUUAUCAGAAAUUCGGGCCGCCGCCGUUAUUCAGAAUUUAUUAACGGAGCCGCUGCCGAGUCGAUUUGGAGUUGCGGCUGUUUCGUUUCGCUAAUCUAGUGAGUAUCUCUAUUUCGAAAGCCUUGCGUUAGUACCUUGUU